AUGGCGAUAACAGAUCGGUUUCGGGGGCAUUCACAUGCUUCACCAGCGUCGUCUACGAUGAUUGACCAGGAUCCUGAGAAGAAACCACAGAUGCUCAAGGGCGGCGUGAAAGAAAUCUUCCGCAUGCGAAUCAUAGCAAUGGCGAUCAUUGUUUCAAUGGGUGGUUUCAUCUUUGGAUACGAUACCGGCCAGAUCUCAGGUUUCCUAGAGAUGCCGGAUUUUCUUGACAGGUUCGCAGACCAAACGGAUCCAGAAACAGGCGGGCCAGCGUUCAGCAACUGGAAGUCUGGUUUAAUUGUAGCUCUGCUGUCUAUCGGCACGCUUAUGGGCGCUUUAAUCGCUGCUCCCGUCGCAGACAGGUUUGGUCGCAAAUACUCAAUCGUUUUCUGGAACAUCAUCUUCUGCGUCGGAGUCAUCGUCCAGAUCACAACUGUCAACACAUGGUACCAAAUCUCCCUUGGUCGAUGGGUCGCUGGUUUGGGUGUUGGAGCUCUUUCGGUGCUCACACCCAUGUACCAGUCCGAGACAGCUCCACGAUACGUUCGAGGUGCGUUAGUGUCCUGCUACCAACUAUUCAUCACGCUCGGCAUCUUCACCGCAUACGCAAUAAACUUCGGUACAGAGGCUAGACUGAGUUCCUGGUCAUGGAAGGUCCCCAUGGGCAUUGGCUUCAUCUGGUCAGCAUUGAUGAUUGUCGGAAUACUCUUCAUGCAGGAAUCUCCUCGUUGGGAGUAUCGCAAGGGCAAGAUUGAAAGCGCGACACACACUGUGGCGCUCACAUAUGGUGUUCCGGAAGAUCACCCAGAGGUCCAGCGCGAGAUUCAGGAGAUUCAGAAGAAGUUUGAGGCGGAGAAUGCAGGUGGUGACACCAUCCAUGUAAGUCUAGUCUACCAAGCGACACAGAAACAACAUAUUGACCUUCUGUCUAGCUACUUCUACUAUGGCACUACCAUCUUCCAAUCCGUCGGUAUCCAAAACUCCUACGUCACAUCCAUGAUCCUGGGUGGUGUAAACUUCGGCAUGACUAUCCCCGGCCUCUACGUAGUAGAAAAGUUUGGAAGAAGAUCUUCACUCAUCGUCGGAGGCUUAUGGAUGUCCAUGUGCUUCCUUGUGUUCGCGUCAGUAGGCCACUUCGUCCUUACCAACCCUGAUGGAAGCACGAGCCAAGGCGCCGGAUAUGCCAUGAUUAUUUUCGCCUGUCUCUUCAUCGCAGGCUACGCCAUGACAUGGGGACCAAUCAUUUGGGCGGUCAUUGGAGAAAUUUAUCCGUCGAGAUACAGAGCCAAGGCCAUGGCUUUGGCAACAGCCAGUAACUGGACCUGGAACUUUUUAAUCUCUUUCUUUACCCCUUACAUCACCGCCGCCAUUGAUUACAGAUACGGCUAUGUCUUCGCAGCAUGCUGUUUCACCGGCGCCGUAGUGGUAUACUUCUUCGUCUGUGAAUCCCACGGUCGCACCCUCGAGGAAAUCGACACCAUGUACAUCUUACAUGUUACACCCUGGAAGAGCAAGCACUGGACGCCUACUCCCGGAGAGGAACUGCCAGCGCUAGAUAAUACGUACCUGACGCCUGGUGCGAGGGGUAUCAAGAAGGGUAAUGAGGCUAGAGCGCCUGAGCAGAUGAGAACAGAGGAUGUUCCCGUGACGGAUGCGGAUAUGCAGGCCAGUGGCGCGAGGAAAGAGUAGUAUUGUAUACCCUAGAGGUAGCGAUGGUUUGUUAUUUUCAUAGCGAACAUAUGAUUCAGUCUAUCGGAUUUCAUUCUGAAA